CAGCUGGAGCAAGUAAUUGGUAUAACCGCUACCAAUUGUAGCAGUUUGACUUGUGAUCCAUCUUCUGGUACCAUUGCUUAUUUAGCUGGUUGUGUUAUUGUUCUGUACAAUCCUAAAACAAAUCGUCAAAGUCAUAUUUUUAAUACAGCGAGGAAAUGUCUAAAGUGCGUUGCUUUCUCAGAAGAUGGCAGAUACAUUGUUAGUGGCGAGAGUGGGCAUUUACCGGCUGUUAGGGUAUGGGAUUUAUCUGAUAAUAAUAACCAAGCAGCUGAAUACCUGGGUCAUAAAUUUAGCGUUGCCUGUGUGGCUUUUUCUCCUAACAACAAACUAGUAAUAUCAGUUGGAGAUCAACAUGAUAUGAGUGUUAAUGUCUGGAGUUUAAAGACUGGGCAAAUUGUGGCAUGUAAUAAGAUUUCUGUCCAGGCUCAGUCCUUAUCAUUUGCAGAAGAUGGUAGCUACUUUGUUACUGCUGGUCUACGUCAUGUUAGAUUUUGGUAUUUUGCCAAAAAUUCGAGCAAGGUUGGAGAUAGACAACCAUUAAUUGGUCGAUCGGGAUUAUUAGGAGAAUUGAGGAGCAACAUGUUUUGUGAUGUUGCCUGUGGUAUUGGCGAUAAUGCUAGUUCUACUUAUUGUAUCACAAAGAGUGGUCUACUCUGCUGUUUUAACAGUAAGCGAAUGUUAGAGAAAUGGGUUGAAUUAAAGGCAUCAUCUGCUAGCUCUGUUGUUGUCGAUGAAAAUUAUAUUUAUUGUGGUUGCUCAUCCGGUAUCGUUAGAAUUUUCAACUGUAGUACCUUAGGCUUUGUUACAAGCUUACCUAAACCGCAUCGUUUAGGAAUAGAUCUAGCCAACAGCGUAGAUCCUAGUGCUAUGGUAUAUAAAGCUGACCCCGAUAUUAAAUAUCCAGACGUCGUAGCUAUGGUCUAUGAUUCUAUAAAUAAAUUGGUAACUUGUACAUAUAAUGACCAUAGCCUAUACAUAUGGAAUUUAAGAGAUCUACAAAAGAUUGAUAAAUCUCGAUCAUUUUUAUUUCAUGCUGGUUGUGUUUGGGACGUUAAGGUAAUAGAAAUGAGAGCACAUUUACCUGUAGGAUCAUUUGUUACCUGUUCAUCUGAUGACACGAUCCGAUUUUGGAACCUUGAUUUAGAUGCCUGUCAGGACACUUUACGCUUCAGGAAAAAUAUUUUUAGUGAUGAGUUAUUUCGGGUUUUAUACACAGAUAAGGAAUUUACUAACCUUGUAGAAACAGUGACAGUGGGCUCAAGUAAUACACCUGCUAGUCCUUCUGUUGAGCAUCAAAAAAGUAUUGGAGUUAGAUGUAUGAAUAUUAACAAUAACGGCCAAUAUCUUGCCUCCGGUGAUAGAUCUGGGUUCAUUAGGAUACAUGAUUUACAGUUUAUGGAUGAGUUGGUUAAAGUUGAAGCCCAUGACGCAGAAGUUUUAUGCGUAUCAUUUUUAGAUGUCGAUUCUGGUCACGAUUUAUUAGCCUCUGCAAGUCGAGAUCGGUUGAUUCAUGUUUUUCAUUUCGAUGGUAAAAGCUGUAAUCUAGUACAAACAAUUGAUGAUCAUUCUGGCUCUAUUACUUCUGUUCAUUUUGCUGUCGUAAAAGACAAUUUACACUUAUUGAGUUGUGGCACCGAUAAAUCAAUUCUGUUUCGUACUGCGCAAGAGGAACCGGAAUUUCAAUUUAUUCGGUCAAAUAUAGUUGUUAGCAAGACCACGCUAUAUGAUAUGGAUAUUGAUUGUAGACGAAAAUUCGCAGUUACCGCUUGUCAGGAUCGAAAUGUCAGGAUUUAUAAUAUUAAAACUGGUAAAUUGAAAAAAAGCUAUAAAGGAUCAGUUACUGACGAUGGUACCUUGAUAAAGGUUGCCUUAGAUCCAAGCGGUAGUUACGUUGCCACAAGUAGCUCUGAUAAAUUUGUUAGUAUCCAUGAAUUUUAUUCUGGCGAUUGUAUCGCCCAAAUGAGUGGACAUGCCGAAAUUAUUACUGGCAUUGCUUUUACCAAUGAUGGUGAAAGAUUAAUCACUGUUUCCGGUGAUAGUUGCAUCUUUGUUUGGAAAUUACCCUCUUUUGUAACUCAGGUAAGAUGA